AUGGUAUUGGCUUUACAGGCCUUAGCUGACAAGUCAAAUAUCAAGGUCGCUCUGAAGAAAUCCAAACUGCCAUCUCAGCUCCCAAAACCAACACUGCCAGCACCAAAAGCAAGCAAAGAAAACAAGGUUGUGAAGAAAGAAAAGAAACAGAAAUCAGGUGUCCAGAAAUCGGCGUCAAGCGAUAAUUUGACAGAUGAGAGUGUGCUUUCAUUGGUUGCCUGCUCACAGGAGUCUAGUGGCAGUAGUGUCAGCAGUUCACAAGAGUCCCUUGCUUCUACUGCUGACAUAAGCUGUCAAGGUGUAGAAGAUCUGAUACCGCUUGAAGACGAAGAAAAAGAGGAGAGCAAGCCACAGGACAUUGAUGAUGUGGACAAAGAGAAUAUGCAGGACCCUGUACAGGUGGCUCUGUAUGCCUGGGAUAUCUUCAAAUAUUAUAAGGACAGAGAGCUACAAUUCCAUGUUCAGCCUUACAUGGCCGCACAGAAGUUCCUGACCACCAGUAUGCGUGCCAUCCUUGUCGACUGGCUGGUAGAGGUACAGGAGAACUUUGAGCUCAAUCAUGAGACACUUUACCUGGCCGUGAAGCUUGUAGACAUGUAUGUGAGUCGUAGAGAGACGCCGAAGGAAGCCCUACAGCUGAUUGGAGCUGUCUCAUUAUUUAUAGCCUCCAAGUUUGAUGAGCGUUGCCCACCUCUGGUAGAAGAUUUCCUCUAUAUCUGUGAUGAUGCUUACAAGAGGAAGGAGUUCCUCGACAUGGAGAGAUGUAUAUUGAAGACAAUAGGUUUUGAUAUAGGCAUGCCUCUUUCCUAUAGAUUCCUGCGUAGAUAUGCUAAGUGUGGACGAGCCAACAUGGAGACUCUUACGCUAGCAAGAUACAUCCUGGAGAUGUCUCUCAUGGAGUACGAGUUCGUAUCUAAACGAGAAUCAGAGAUGGCCGCAGCAAGUCUGUGGCUCGCACUCAAAAUGAAGAAAGCUGGAGAUUGGACAAAUACUCUUGUACACUACACUGGAUACAAAGAGGAGGAAAUUACCCCAAUGGCAAAGAAAUUGAACAAAUACAUCACAGAACCACCCAAACAACUCACCACAAUCCGAUCCAAAUAUUCACACAAAGUAUUCUAUGAGGUGGCAAAAACUCCAACAUUGACAGAAGCUGACUUCUUAUGAUGAAGGAUGUGUUGUGAACAUUUAUAAGACUUCAUACCACAAAUGUGUUCUGUUAAGAUAAAGUACAGUCCAGGAUAUAUACUGUUCUAAAGGGAAUUAGUCACUUGCUAGAGAAAAUAAUGAGAGUAAAUAUAUGACAUAAUAUAAAAUCAUAUAAAAAUGUCUAGUCAUAAGAAUAUAUUACUUUUUGUAAAUACAUUUUGGUUGUUGCAUAUUAAAAAAGAAAACUCAUUAAAAAGCACCAUUAUAUAAAGUAACAUUGUCAACUAAUUUACAUUAUGCAUUUCACUUCCCUGCCAUCUGAUUUAAGAUAUUACACCUUUUGACAGAGUAGUUACAGAUUUAUUAGUUUUAAACAGGAAAAUACAUGUGACGUCACAUUUCAAAUACCUACCUGUUUUUUACAAGGUGACUGAAAUAUUUUGAGGAUUUUUUAGAAAGAUCUUAUGAAAGAAACAUUCCCAUUAUACAGUGAUAUAUCACUGGUGCUACAUUGUCCAGCACGUGUGUUCAUGCAAAUCAGGGAAGCUACAAUGAAAUGCCUAUAUGAAUGUUGUAUGCAAUCAUGGUACAAAUUCUAUUUUUAGCGCUAUUGCAUAUUUAUAUGUUUUUAUGGCAUUUUACACGAGUGUACAUAUUUUUUCCAACGCAUCAUUAAAUCAUUUGUCACUGUAAAUAUUGGCAUGUGUUGUCAUACAUAUUUAUAAAUUAGUUUUAAUUUGAAAAGAAAAAGUGAUAGUUUAAACAGGAACAAGAUAUUGUCCAUGUUCUGAGUUGACAUUUUCACACUAAUUUUGAAAUUGCGCAAAGGAGAAUGAAGUGACUAUGUCUUGUCCCUUUUUAAACUAUUAAACUCUAUAAAAACUUCUGAUUCAAUGCUUUAAUCUUAGAUUUACUGACCUAUUUUUAAGGAGCUUUUACACAUCUUCCCCUCUUCGUUUUUCACUUCAUUUCCAUCUCAUCUUCUAGUUGUAUAAAGUGUAGGGUUUCGGUUUUAGACAUACUGGGUUAAUUGGUAUUUUAACAUUUUUAUGCAGACAGUGCUUUUAACAAAAGGUUUUAGCGCACAUUUCAACAGUUUUCAAAUUGAUCUCCUUUCUGUAGAAAGAAACAACUGUACAUAAUGUGUAUAGGUUUACAUAGUGUCCUUUUUUUUU